UUCAUUUAAAACAAAAGAGGUUUUAGUGUCGUCUUUCAGAGCUAGAAAUUUGGGACAGAAUGAAACUUCCGGCAACGUCGUCUUCCAAAGCCCCCGUCAAGUUCAGAAUGCCAACAGCUGACAACUUGGUCCCAAUUCGAUUGGACAUAGAAACCGAAGGCCAGCGUUAUAAAGAUGCUUUUACUUGGAACCCUUCUGAUCCCGAUUCUGAAGUGGUGGUGUUCGCCAAGAGAACUGUUAAAGACUUGAAACUUCCUCCACAAUUCAUUACUCAGAUUGCUCAAUCCAUUCAGUCCCAGCUUACUGAAUUUAGAUCAUAUGAAGGCCAAGACAUGUACACUGCUGAGAAAAUUGUUCCCAUCAAGCUUGAUCUUCGAGUCAAUCAUACUCUCAUCAAGGAUCAGUUUUUGUGGGACUUGAACAAUUAUGAGAGUGACCCUGAAGAUUUUGCUAGAACCUUCUGCAAAGAUUUGGCUAUUCAAGACCCUGAAGUUGGGCCUGCAGUCGCCUUUGCAAUCAGGGAACAGCUAUAUGAGAUUGCAAUUCAGAGUGUAGCUUCCGCUAGAGAAAUUAAAAUAAGCAAGAAAGGUCGUAGGGGAGUUGAACACGUGCCAGCCAGUAAAGCAGGUGGAAAUGCAUUGGACUUGAUGAAGUUAUUCAGAUACAAUUCAAGCGUAGUUAGGAAAAGAAAGGAGUGGGACGUAUAUGAGCCAAUCGUUGAUAUUUUAUCAAAUGAGGAAGUGGAUGCCCUUGAAGCCAAAGAGGAAAGAAAUACCCGCUGAGCUGAGACAUUAAAAUUACAAAAAGAAAAAAAAAAAAAAAAAGUUGUGAAGAAAACUAAUUGAUUGGGAGCUAGCUCUACAAGAUGUUUGUUGUCAGAGAUCAUAUUCUGGGACUCCUAUGCUUUUUCUUGGGCAGAAUGUUUGAAACCGUUAAUCCUAGGGUCUUAUUUGGGAAAUUCAACUUGCCAUCUUGUAUUUUCUUUUUACGUUGUAAUUUCUGUAGUCUGAAGAAAGAGUGUUUGCAGUGCCUACCACUUGAUGGAGAGUAUGUAUACAUACACUUUAUGAGUUCAACCCUGUUGGUAUAUUGAUGAGAAAGAUUGACUUGAAUUCCUUAAAUAAGUUGAGAAAUUUAUUACAGUUGUUAAUUUUC